AUGUUGGAUAUAGUCAGUUAUGCACCAAUAAUGUGGGAAUAUUUCGCAGUACUGCUCAUCGGGUUUUGGCUCGGUGUUGCCAUCUUCUUAUAUGUUUCUUGCUACUGGUUGGAGGAGAUCUUAGAUCUUCCACCUCCUCGAAAUGCGCCGCCAUCGACCGCUCCAAGCGGCGGUGCCAGUGGCGCUCACGUGCAGCUCAAGCGUCUCGUGGCUAGAGUCGUCGAAGAAGCUUCUUCGCUACCAGCCCUGGCGCGAUACGCUGCAGAACCUCACACCCCCUCGCUAGAGUCUUCCACGUAUGAAGAUUUGUUAGCGACGGCUAUAUUGAAUAAGGUGAGAUCCUUUUAA